CUCCCACGACCCUCCCCGAGGAAGCUGGCUGAUAGAAUGUUGAGAGUGGCAGAGUUCGGAAGGGAAGAACUCCUGGCGGCGUCGGUAUCAUCAUCCUCAUCAUCGGCAGCAGAGGCGCAGCACGUGGGGCUGUGGCGCAGGGAUGGUCUCCGCAGGCGCGUGGGCAGGCAGGCUCCCGCUCCUGAUGGUGCUCUGGGACCUCCGCUUCCAGGGAGCAGAAUGUGGGAUAAAUGCAGAAGUAGAAAAACAACUUGAAAUGGGAAAGAAGCUUUUAGCAGCUGGGCAGCUAGCAGAUGCUUUGUCUCACUUUCACGCUGCCAUAGAAGGGGACUCUGAUAACUACCUUGCGUAUUACAGAAGAGCCACAGUCUAUUUAGCCAUGGGCAAAUCUAAAGCUGCCAUUCGUGACUUAAGCAAGGUGGUUGAAUUAAAGCAGGAUUUCACAUCGGCAAGGCUGCAAAGGGGACAUCUGCUGCUCAAGCAAGGAAAGUUUGAUGAAGCCGAAGAGGAUUUUAAAAGAGUGCUCCAGUCCAGUCAAAGUGACAAAGAACAAGCAGAAGCUCGCUCCCAGCUAAUGAAGUCUGAUGAAAUGCAGCGCCUACAUUCCCAAGCACAAUCUGCAUAUCUCGAGGGAGAUUACUAUACAGCUAUUGGUUUCCUGGAUGAAAUUCUAAAUGUUUGUGUUUGGGAUGCAGAGCUGCGGGAACUUCGAGCUGAUUGCUAUAUCAAAGAAGGAGAACCAGGGAAAGCCAUUAGUGACUUAAAAGCUGCUGCCAAAUUGAAGAGUGACAAUACUGAAGCAUUCUAUAAAAUCAGCAGUAUAUACUAUCAGCUUGGGGACCAUGAACUGUCUCUGAGUGAAGUGCGUGAAUGUCUGAAACUUGACCAAGACCACAAAGAGUGUUUUUCUCACUACAAACGAGUUAAGAAGCUCAAUAAACAGAUUGUUUCAGCAGAAGACUUCAUCCGGGAGGGCAGGUACCAAGAUGCCAUGGAUAAAUACGAGACAGUGAUGAAAACAGAGACUCAAGUUCCUGUUUACACCACACGAGCCAAAGAGAGAGUAUGCUACUGCCUUUCAAAGAGCCAGCAGUCAACAGAAGCUAUCAAACUUUGCACAGAAGUUUUGAAGCUGGAACCAGAUAACGUGAAUGCUUUGAAAAGCAGAGCUGAAGCAUACUUGCUUGAAGAGCUGUAUGAGGAAGCAGUGAAGUGUUAUGAAACUGCCAAGAAGCACAGUGAAAAUGACCAACAGCUUCUCGAUGACCUAGAGAAAGCCAGGGUGCUCAAGCAGUCUCGAGAAGAGGAUUACUACAAUUUAGGUGUUAAAAGGAAUGCCAGAAAACAGGAAAUCGUAAGGCUUAUAGGACUUGCAAUGCCGUGGCACCUGAUAUUUCCAGAUGAAGGGAAGAAGAAGGCAGAAAGAAGUUUAUUGAUUGCUGCUGCCAAGAAAGUCCUCACAGAUCCAGAAAUGCGAAGGAAGUUUGAUGCAGGAGAAGAUCCAUUGGAUGCAGAAAGCCAGCAAGGAGGAGGAAACCCUUUCCAUAGAGGCUGGAAUUCCUGGCAAGGGUUUGACCCAUUCAGUUCUGGAGGACCUUUCAAAUUUAAAUUUCAUUUCAAUUAGAAAGUCUGUCCUUUCUUCCCAGUUCUGGAUUCUAGGAGCUUGUCUUUAUUUCCUAGGUAACUUAACAUGCUGAUUUGGUCCUUGAACAAAAACUUCAGUGAAAGCCAGCUUUUCAGUGAUAGGCUAAAGAGAAAGCAAGUCCAUAAUGGAGAGUGAUAGAACAACAGUUCGGUUAGUACCAAUUCAUUUUACCCUUCCAGUGUCAAAAAUCCCUAUCUGAAAACAAGUGGAAGACUGUGUAGAGCUGCACUCCUUGAGAUCUUCUUUUGAAAUGGACUGAAAACUUCAGCUGAAGACAAACCCAUAUUAGAGAAGCAAUUUUGUUCAAGAAAGCACUUUAAGAUUUACUAUACUCUUAAUGACCUCAUUUGGGACUUUGUUUUCCUCAGCCAGGUGACAAAAGAGCACAGUGUGAUCUAGUUUAUUUGUACAAGGGGAAAUGUUAAAGCCUUGAUUGUCUAUGGAGGUAUUGUUGUCCUUGGAAACACUGGAGGACUGUCUGUGUUCCUGUUGUAUGUCAUUCUCACAUCUUCCCUUAAAAUGUAACUCAGGUUAUGAUGCAUGCCUGUCGUUUGUAAAAAGAAACAGGUUCUGGGAGUUAUAGAAGUAGCAUCUACAGUACAUCCCCAAAGCAGAUGCAAUAACUUUUUCUAUGCUACUUUGCAACAGGGGAAUGCUAUACAAAGUCAUUAUGCUGUCAAGAUAAUUUCCCUACAGAAGCAUCUGCACAAUGCAUUGCUUAUUUAGUAGGGGGCCAUAACCAUUGUCUUACAGUCUUGUGUUUCUAACUUUAAGAAGAACUAAAAACUUUCCUUCUAGUUGUUUCAGAAAGCAACGGCAGUAGAAUGAUACUCUUAACUGUUGUUAAAUAGAACCAAUUUGAACUUUUUCACUCAACAUAUGCUUGACAUUUGAGCAGAAUGAUUGAGAUGUUGCACAAAAUAUACAGAAUGUAAUUCUGACCUUGGGGUUUUUUUUAAAUAAGAAAAGAGUUGGAGAUGUAUACUAUAAAGUAACUUUUAAAAUGA